AUGACUCGCUCCUAUCGUGCCGACGCCUCGUCCUCGUGCCCUCCAUCUGGUGGCAUCGCUCCCUCGUGCUCCUCCUCAAAGUCUCCGCGCGUCGAGGGUCUGCUUAUCGAUGGCAAUUCCAUCAGUCACGACACCGCCUCUGUCACCGCCAUCUCGGACUUCCUGCGCGCCUCUGCCAGUGACCCCAUCAGUAGACCAUCUUCCGCCGCUAGCAUGCGCAUCCGUGUCGACAAGCCUUCCUCUGAAACCAUCAGCGGCCGUGCCCUCUACACACACGUUCCCACUGGAUUCGAAGAGGAUCCGCUCUUGCAUCCCUCCUACGAUCCCCCCAAUGACCACCCCUCUUUCUCAUCCAAAACCAAAGCUUACACCAAUGCCAAGUCUGCGCACCCCCCAAAUCGCCGCUCAACGCAUGACAGCAUUGCAACCACUUUUGCUCGCAGAGGCGGAGCACCACCCUACUCGAGACCCACGCUCUACUCUCGCGCUCGCCUUCUAGUAACACAGACUACCGCCAACAUUCUCUCGUCUUUCUUCUUGCUGCUUGUCGUUGUAUGGGCGCUAGCUGUGCGUCUACUUGCCGCCAUUCCCAAGUUGUUGGCCCCCACCAUCAAAGAGCAGAAGGAGUGGGACGAUCCCAAGCGCUGGAACAAGGAGAAACUCGUCAAAGACGUUCGCUACUACGCUACCAGCUGUGGCUUUGAAAUCAUCAAUGAAACCGUAGAAACGCAGGACGGAUACUACCUCCGCAUCCACCGUAUCAUCGACCCGCAGACCACGCACAAGAAGCAUUCCGAUGGUCGCGGUGGGUUUCCGGUCCUCAUCAUGCACGGCCUCUUCCAAUCCAGCGGCUCCUUUGUUACUUCGGAAGAGCGUUCGCUUGCCUUUUGGCUCGCACGUCACGGCGGAUACCAAGUCUUUCUCGGCAACAACCGCGGUGUGUUCGAUAUGGGACAUCGAACCUACUCGCGUUCCGACCCUCGAUUCUGGGACUACAACAUCCGCGAACUCGCCAUGUACGAUCUGCCCGCCAUGGUCGACUACGUAUGCAAGCAAACCGGCUACGAUCGUAUCGCCUACCUCGGCCACUCACAGGGAAAUGGCACCAUGUUCAUCUCUCUCUCCAAGGGUAUCGUCCCGGAACUCGGCAAGAAGCUCACCUACUUUGGCGCGCUGGCGCCUGCCGUCUACGCCGGUCCUCUCACCUCGUGCUUCCCCUUUACAACGCUUGGACAACUCGAAUGGUCCAAGUGGAAACGAUUCUUUGGAGUACUCGAUUUCAUCCCGCUCAUGAAGAUCUCUUAUGACUACACUCCUGCCUAUCCUUACGCCCUGUUGGGCUACCAGAUGUUCGCCUUCCUUUUCGCUUGGACCGACGCCAACUGGCUCCUUCGACGCAAAGCGAAAAUGUUCCGCUUCACCCCGCAACCCGUUUCUUCCGCCUCGAUCUACUGGUGGGCGGGCAAAGACGGCUUGCCCACUCGAGGUUGUGUCUUGGACCCCAACCUAGACCAGUGGUGGGAUGAAAAUUUCCCUCCUCUGUCCAUCUUUAGUGGAGGGAUGGACUUUCUCGUCCUCACAGACCCGCUCAUCGAGAGAAUUCAACACAAGGAAACCAACGUCAAGCUCUUGAGAUUCAAGAGGCAGGAUGAGGCCGAACACUGCGAUCACUUUUGGGCAGCAGAUGCCGUCGAGUGGUGCUUCAAAGACAUCUUGGACGAUAUCGAGACAACACGAGACAGGUAUCCCGACGAGCUGCUUGACCAUCCAUCCACCUCGAAUCGCAAAGAUACCCAAGAUCUCGUCGAAUUAUAG